GUUUGUGUUAACUGAAAGCGAUAUUUAAAGUAUUUUUUUUAGAUUUUUGAGUAUUGGGGGGUUAUUAUAUUAUAGGCGCAUAUAGACUAGUUAUAUUUACAUACACGAUUUUCAACAAGGGCGGUCACGCUAGAUUUCAACUCGGAUGUGCUGUCUGACCGUAUCAUGGUUUAUUGCCUUAAAGAUACGGUGUGGUGACAAGCUUGUGUGGACUGUAAAUAUUUUGUAAAAACGAAAGGAAGUUAUAUAGAGCAUCACACACCGACGCAUAGCUUUACGCAUACCUUUAUCAUUUACUGUGAUUUUACCUGUGUUCUGUUGAUAUUCUCUCUUGAUAAACAAUGGCCACUCCGUUGACUGAACAGCAAAUCAUCGACUUGAAGGACGCAUUUGCGGCCUUUGACAAGAACAAUGACGGGUUACUUAACUUCCCUGAGGUCAAGGAUAUGCUUGUUUCAAUCGGACGGGACCCGCGUAGCUGCCGCGUCAACGAAGUACUAAAGGAAGUUGACACAGAUGGAGACGGAGCUAUCAACUUUGCAGAGUUCUUGAACUUUAUUGCACGUGAACAGUUGGCAGAGGGUCCGGAGGAACAGAGCGAGCUCCAACAAAUGUUUGCAAUGUUUGACAGGAAUCGUGACGGACGUAUCACCCACGCUGAGAUGAAACGGGCAUUAGCUGAGACCGGACAGAACGUUCCCGACUCGGAAAUUGAGAGCAUGAUUCGGGAGGCGGAUGACAAUUGCGAUGGCAAAGUUAGCUAUAAAGAAUUCGUAGCAACGAUGAAAAAGAAAUAUCCAGGAGUAUAUGACUAGGUCAACUUUACCCUAAAUCGUGGAACUUUUUCUGAAAUACUUUCAUGAAAGCAUUACAUGUAUUCCGGUGAUGAGCAGUGUCUCAUAUUGAGACUCACAGCAAACCUUCGAUAUCACGUAGAUAGAUCUCUCUAACGGGUAAAAUGGUCAUCGUCUUUGCCAUUGCAUCUUUAUUUAUUAUCUAAGCUUUUGACUGUUCUGUACUAAUAAAUUGAAAUUUGUU